GGAAGCGAAGGCCAGCGAAGGCAAGGCAGCGGGAAAGGUAGAAGCUCGAGGCUCGGGCCUUCGAUCAUUCCGGCAGCGGCGACCAAACGAAGAGAUUGGAAUGUCAGUCUACCUCUUGCCUCCGUGGUCGGAAGGAGGACGAGGAGGAGGAGGAGCAGCAGCAGGAGCAGCAGUGCAAGUGCAAGCCAGGCGCGAUCGAUCUGAAGGACCAUCGUCGACGGGAUAAUCGAGGCAGGGGUGGCGCUGUGGGCCUAGUGUUGAUAGAGGUGGUGUAGUGGUCGAGGAGGACCUUGUCGAUCUGUCGAGCAGGAUCAUCGUCUCGGGCGAAUGAUUCUGGGAGCACAGCGUAGAGGGAGGGAGGGAAGCGGGUGGGCGGGCCAGGAGGCCGGGAAGCAGGGCGAUUGAGGUCAGUGGUUGAGAUAGAGAUUUGGAACGGGCGGAUCUUGAUUAGGACCAGAAGCUGGUGGAUUGAGGAGCACGCUGCGAACUCUUUUGCCGCUCCGGCGUUGUUGCAGAUUUUUGUAAAUAAAGUUGACUGAAGUCAAAUACAAUUGAAUGAUACGAAGUGGCGAGGAAUUUGGGAAUUAGGUGUCUGCCGACUACAGCAUGGCGGAGCCGUCGUCAUCAGUGGAUUGGGAUGUCGUGAGAGCUGAGCUUGAAGGAAUUGAUGAGGUUUGGAAGCAGGCUCGAUUUGAUUCACUUCCGCAUGUGGUCCAAGUUCUCACGUCACAAGAUCCGGAGGGAGCUGUUCGCACUUUGCAAAAACAACGGGAUGAAAUUGAGGAGUUGGUAGAUGAUGUGGUUCGGGGAUAUCACAAUGGAUUCAACAAAGCAACGCAUAAUUAUUCUCAGAUAUUGCGCCUGUUCAGCGAGUCAGCCUCGAGCAUCAGCGGAUUGAAAACCAAUCUAGGAGAGGCAAGGAACUUGCUAGGAGCACGACACAAACAAUUACAUCAGCAGUGGUGUCGUUCAGUCACCCUCCGGCAUGUUAUUUCUCUGCUUGACCAAAUUGACAGAGUUGCCAAGGUUCCAUCGCAAAUUGAGAAGCUGAUCGCAGAAAAGAAGUAUUAUGCUGCGGUGCAGCUCUACAUUCAGUCUAUAAGCAUGCUGGAGAGGGAGGGUAUCCAAUCAGUUGGUGCCCUGCAAGAUGUGCGUGCAGAUCUAUCGAAGCUUCGUGGUGUCCUUUUUUUUAAGGUCAUGGAGGAGUUGCAUCUUCAUGUAUACAAUAAAGGUGAAUACAGCUACAAUCUUACCGACAUCCCAGAUAAAGAUGACGACAUAUCGAACAUCACUGCUGCUACGGUUGCACCGACGGGUAAUCUUCUGUCUAUGUCGCGCAGAACGCGGACAAUGAGGAGACAUGAUUUUCAAGCUGCUGGCCUUGACCGAGUGUUAGAGGCUCGGAAAGGUGGUUCAGUGGAUGGGUCAUCCGUGGAUGGCAGAGAAGACGAUGCGAGUGUUGCUAAUGGAGGAAGUGUCGAUGGGAACUCCUUAGCUGCUGCAAAUGGACAUGAUGAGUCUGGAAAUAAGGAGGGCAAGAAGCCCACUAGGGUUCUUCCUCCUUGGCUGGCAGAUUCUAUCCCAAAUGAAUUUACUGAGACCAUGACAAAAAGUGAUGGUACAGCAUCCGUCAAGUACCUUCAAACCAUGGUUGAGUGCCUUGCCUUACUUGGAAAAAUAGCAGCUGCAGGUGCUAUCAUAAGUCAGAGGCUCAGACCAACCCUGCAUGAGCUUAUUACUGCAGAAAUUAAAGCUCGGGCUGCUGCAGUUGAGGCGUCUAGACCUCGAGUUGAUCAAGUCUCGAAAGUGACUGCUGGUAUUGCCCUCAUAUCCAAACCAAACGGCGUUGUUGGACCUGCGCUAAAGCAGAAGGAUUCAAAGAAUGGGAAUAUCGUGGUUAAGGCAAACGGCACUUCUGGACCCGUUACUCCCCUAGUUGGUCCAAUGAGCAAGGCCCAGACUGCUGCUCAGGAACUCCUCCAGUCUAUUCUUUCUUUGGCAUUGCGUAUAUUAGAAAACCAUGUCGUUGUUGGGGAGGCAAUGGAAGCCAAGGCUAGUGUUUCAGAUGCUGCUAGUUUUUCGGAGAAGGUCAAUGGCGAUAUGCAGUGGGGUGGUGAUUCGGACAGCAACAGGGCUACAGGAGGAUACAGUCUGGUGUUCGCGUUGACUGUUCUCCAGAGCGAAUGCCAGCAACUUAUAUGCGAUAUUCUGCGUGCAACACCUGAUGCCGCUUCAGCUGAUGCAGCUGUUCAGACUGCAAGGCUAGCGAGCAAAACGCCCCCGGAUGAUGCAAUGAGAGGAGGGUCUGAGGAGGGCCUCUCAUUUGCGUUUAGGUUCACUGAUACAAUCCUUACUCUACCAGCCGGAAAUGAUCGCAUGAACCAAAUCAUGGGAAGUCAAGGUGGUAGGAACAGGCGGAUCACAGCAGCUGCUCAGGAAGGAUAUGGGACAGGCUCGGUGCUUCCGGAGAGGGGCAUCUACCUCACUUCAGCAGUUUAUCGUCCAGUCCUUCAGUACACGGAUAAAGUGAUGUCAUUGCUUCCUCCAAAGUACUUGCAACUUGGAAAUGACGGGCUACAAAAUUUUAUUGAGAAUUUUGUGAAAGACCAGUUUCUUCCCAUUGUGCGUGUGGACUAUCGAACACGGGUAGCUGAUGCUCUUGCUAGUCCUGCUGCAUUCCGUUUAAGAUCACAUCCAGGAACUUUGUAUGAACCCACUGUCGAGAAGGGAAGGCCAGUUUUACAGGGCCCUCUAGCAGCAAAUGAACUUGUGAAGGAGGUUUUAGGUUGGGCCCAAGCGAUGCCUAUGUACGCAGGAGAAAUAUUGGAGCUAGUGCAGACCCUUCUUGAACGCACACUGGAACGAUGUCGUGCGGGAUACACUGAGGCCGUUCUUGGCAGUUUCAGUUCAGAUGUUAUUGGGAGGCCUGAUGUCUCAGGUUUGAUGAAGCAAGAGCCUGCCAACUCUGUUUUAGAGGCGGGAUUUUUGAGUCAACUGGGCCAGAAGGUUUCUCUGGAUGGUCCGUUGGAUGCUGAAGGUCUUGAAGUGGAAAUGGAACUGAAUAAUUUGUUACUCAGCUUGCGUCCCAUCAAGCAGGAACAACUUAUCAAAGAUAAUUCAAAACUUGUCUUACUUGCGGCCUUAAGUGACACAUUGGAUUUUCUCUCAGAUUCUGUCCAAGAACUCGGACAGCAACAAUCACGAGGACUUACUGAGAGGAGGAGGAAAGACCAGCAUCAAGUCCGCCGCCAUCAUCGACGCACAAGCAGUGCUCUUACUGCUGGUUUGGGUGCCCUUGCUGACAAAUUCCAUGCCCUCUCCAGCGAAUGUCUUCGCACUUUGCGUGUGGAAAUGCAACUGCAAGCUAUCUCUCACCUUGCGGGUAUUGGGAAAGUGUACGUGUGUGACCAGGACGCGGAGGAACCCGAGGAUUUUAUAAUUGCUUUCACGACUCAGAUUACUAGAAGAGACGAAGAAAUUGCACCAUACUUGCCCUCUCUCAAGCGCGGUUAUAUAUUCGGGGGAAUUUGUAGCAUAGCAGCUGCAACCUUUAUAAAGUCUUUGAAUGAAAUGAACGCUGUCAACAUGCUCGGAAUUCGACAAAUAUGCAGAAACUGCACAGCUGUGCAACAGUCACUUGCGUCACUUGGAGGUAGUGUUAACUCCGUAAUUGAACGACUGGAUCGCGUCCGGACCUACUAUGAUCUACUCAAUCUUCCUUUCGAGGCUCUCGUUGCCUUUGUCCAAGAGCAUCAUUCCAUGUUUUCCUUCUCAGAGUAUUCCAGUCUUUUGAAGGUGCACAUACCAGGACGGGAGAUACCUAUGGAUGCUGUACAAAGAAUUGGCAAAAUAAUGGCCCCGUAAUAAGAUUCGCCUUCUUACGAUUUGCCAACCAUUUAUAUGCUGGCCUUGUGUAACGUGUAGAUUUAGUUCUUACAUAUACAUUCCCAUUCAUUUCAUCCUUCCCUGUAGUUUAACUAAAUGCACAGCGUUGUAGCCGCAGUUUUUGGGGCAGAAUUAUUUAGGAUUCUCCAGCAUGCGAGAAUCACAUCGAUGUAAUAACUUAGGCAGAAAAAGUGGUCGCGAGCAGGUCAGCGGCAUGGAUGGUUAUCAUUACGGGACUGGCUUACUGCUCAUUGGACGACUUACUGUGCUUCAGUCGGAAGUAGAGCUGAGGCGUAUAGCGAUAGUUGUCUGCUAUAGUGAGGGAAGCCAUCAAAAGCUCAAAGGCCACGUGAGCGUUUCCAGAAUGUGAUGAGGAGAGGUCAGUACAAGGUUUAUCGGGGGUAAUCGUAGAAGAUCCCACCAGGGAUUUUGUUGUUGAUUUGAUUGAGAUAUCAUGUUACAGUUUACACUCUUUCAAAAUAUCAUGACCACUGCAGCUUUUGUAAGCC